AGCUGAUUUUGCUUAUGACGGCUUCCUAUUGGCUGAAGACCGUCACGAGGUGUUUGGGUGUAGUAGCGGAAACAUGGCAGCUGACACAGGCAGAUACAGGAGCGCUGUCUCCAAAAGCAAAGACCCCUCCGGUUUACUUAUAUCUGUAAUAAGGACAUUGUCCAGCAGUGAAGAUGUGCAGGACCGAGAGACCGAGAAGGGCCGCCUGGAAGAGGCCUAUGAGAAGUGUGAUCAUGAUGUGGAUGAGUUGAUCGUUCAGCAUUACACAGAGCUCACCACAGCCAUCCGAACCUACCAGAGCAUCACUGAGAGGAUCACCAGCUCUCGCAACAAGAUCAAACAGGUCAAGGAAAACCUGUUGUCUUGUAAGAUGCUCCUCCACUGUAAGCGAGAUGAGCUGAGGAAGCUGUGGAUCGAGGGAGUCGAGCACAAGCAUGUCCUCAGCUUGCUGGACGAGAUUGAGAACAUCAAACAAGUCCCUCAGAAGCUGGAGGCAUCCAUGGCCAGCAAGCACUACCUGCACGCCACAGAUAUGCUGGUUUCGGCGGUGGAUUCUCUUGAAGGACCCCUGCUACAGGUGGAGGGUCUCGGCGACUUGCGACUGGAGCUCCACAGUAAGAAGCUCAACAUCCACCUAGUGCUAAUUGACGAGCUUCAUCGCCACCUCUACAUCAAAUCAACCAGCCGUGUGGGUCAUCGAGGGAAAGACAAAGACAAGGGCCGGUCUGCUUCGAAGGAUACAUCUGUUUUGGAUGUCGGUUUGUCCACUCCACGCAAGCUCACAGAGCCCUCACAGUUCAGCACCCCUGGAACAUCCAGCAUGCGUGAGCUGCAGGAGAUGAGAGAGGACUCGGACGUGGACCCAGAGGAGAACAGCGCAGAGUUCAUGGGGAUCCUGAUCAAAGCUCUGGCCAAACUCAAGAAGAUCCCAGAAACAAUCAAAGCCAUCAUGGAGCGUCUGGAGCCUGAGCUCAAGCAGAUCCUCAAGAGAUCCACCACUCAGAUCGCGGACCACGCUUACCAAAGAGGAGAGAACCUAGCACAGGACAAUCAGCCCAGGUUGUUGCUGGAACUGCUUGAGCUGUUGUUUGAUAAGUUGAAUGCAGUGGCCCAGGCUCACAGCGUGGUUCUCAGUCACCUACAGCAGACUAUCGUCUCUCCCAGUGGAGCCCAGGAAGGGAUCAAACUCUAUGAGCAGGCUGAUGUUUAUGCCAAGAUCCAGACCGUCCUACAGGUGCUGCUAAUGGACUACCUGGAUGUCAAAAAUACCCGCAGAGCUGCAGAGCCUUCGGCCCAGCUGUCCUACGCCAGCACCGGCGGAGACUUCGGAGCGUUCUUCGCCAAGAAGAAACCUCUCCGACCUAAACAGUCUUUAUUCAAGUUUGAGUCUUCUUCUCAUGCCAUUAGCAUGAGUGCAUACUUGCGGGAGCAGCGGCGAGAACUCUACAGCAAAAGCGGGGAGUUGCAAGGUGGAGCUGAUGAUAACCUGAUUGAGGGAGGAGAGACUAAGUUCCUGUGUAAACCAGGAGCCAGAAACAUUACGGUCAUCUUUCAGCCAUUGCUUAGGUUCAUUCAGGAGAUCGAGUCCCGUAUGGGUCCAGCUCAGGCCAAGCAGUGUCAGCUCCGCACCUUCCUCACCUACUACAUCAACGACCUGUUCCUCAGCCAGGUCCGCACCGAGACCAAUAAGGAGAUUGAGGCUGUGACCAAAGUAUCUGACCCGCUCAAGAUCCUGGCCAGCGCUGACACCAUGAAAAACCUGGGAGUUCAAAGACCUGUUCUACAGAGCACUGUGGUUGUGGAGAAGUCCAUUCAGGAUUUAAUGAGUCUGAUGCAGGACCUCAGUGCAUACUCCAACCAGUUCCUGGAGAUGGUUUGUGUCAAGCUCAAAGAGUACAAAGAGAUCUGCAAUACUGCAUACAGGGGUGUCGUACAGUGCGAGGAGAAGCUAACCAUCAGUGCGUCCUGGGCUAAAGAUGAAGACAUCAGCCGCCUGCUGCAGUCUCUGCCCAACUGGGCCAGCAUGACCCAACCCAGACAGCUCCGACAGAAGAGAGAAGAAGAAGAGGAUUUCACACGGGCAGCGUUUGCCAAGGAGUCUGAGGUGUUGACGGGGAAUCUGGGUGAUAAGCUGAUUCCUCAGAAUGAGAUUCUGAGGGACGUCAGUGAUCUGAAGGCACUGGCUAACCUGCAGGAGAGCAUGGAGUGGCUCGCCACCCGCCUCAGGGGCUUCUUCAGCAACCUACCCCUUAGCUCCAGUGUAUCCCCAGGCUCAGAUGCUCAGGCGAUCAGCGAGAACGUCCGCAGUCGAGAGCAGAUCCUCCAGACAUUGACUGACCUCUCCAGAUCCUUCCAGGACAUCGCUGACCGGUGCCUUCUGGUGCUGCAUCUUGAGGUCAGGGUCCACUGUUUCCAUUAUCUGAUUCCUCUGGCAAAACAAGGCAACUACGCCAUCGUGGCUAAUGCAGCCAGCAUGGACUACGACCCCCUGGUGGUGAAGCUGAAUAAAGACAUCAGUGCCAUAGAAGAAGUGAUGGGAGCCGCCCUGCAGCAGCACAAGUUUCAGUACAUUUUUGAGGGUCUGGGUCACCUGAUUUCUUGUAUUCUGAUAAACGGGGCUCAGUACUUCAAGCGCAUCAGUGAGUCCGGCAUCAAGAAGAUGUGCAGAAAUAUCUUUGUGCUCCAGCAGAACCUGACCAACAUCACCAUGUCACGUGAGGCUGAUCUGGACUUCGCCAGGCAGUACUAUGAGAUGCUGUAUAAUACAGCAGAUGAGCUGCUAAACCUGGUGGUGGAUCAAGGGGUGCGUUACACAGAGCUGGAGUACAUCAAUGCUUUGAGUCUCCUCCACCGCAGCCAGACCGGCGUGGGAGACCUGACCGUGCAGAACAUGCGGCUGCAGCGCCUCAAAGAGAUCAUAUGCGAACAGGCUGCCAUCAAACAGGCUACCAAGGAUAAGAAGAUCACUACAGUCUAGACAUACUGUAUCUACCAACCUCUGAAAGGGUCCACGUUAUUGCAGUUCCUUAAUGUCACAUGCUUUGAGUCAAGUCACACUUUCAAGAAAACUUUAUGUAGUGGUUGUUUGAUAUUGGUUUCAUUUCAUUUUCUUGCUUUCCAGUAUUUGUAAGAUACAUUUCUGACCACACACAGACAUAGUCUAAUAAAUGAAUCCAUUGUAUCAUUUCUGGUUAAACCAGGCCACUCGUUUCAGAGCGAGAGGACGGAUUCACUCACUGUAGCUUAGGGACGUUUUCGUCUCAUUUUCUUACUUUAUCAAAUCUCUGCUCUCAAUUAUAGAAUCUUCCUGUGUGCCCGGAGCUUGUUUCUGGAAUAACAGAUGCCAGAUUAAAAUGCCAGGAUUUUUUAUCAGGAAAAAAAAAAGAAGUGGCUUUGCCUAUCACUUGUUGAUUUGUUCGUUUUGCUCGAGAGGAAAUAGGAAUCGCUAACCCCCUACAGCAUUUCUUAAAUUUCUCCCUAGUCAUUGCAAGUAUAAUUGUCAUGACGUGGGUACAUAGUCAUCACUAUUAACAGUGGAUUCCCUGGUGGUUUAAACAGGCAAAGAAAAACGUUUCUAAGCCUUGAUGUUGAUCUAUAUUUAAAUAUCACUUCAAAUGUCGAAUUUCACUUUCACUGCCCUUUGACUGUGUCUGCUUUCAUCUGAAUCGGAACCUUUUAUUCCUUGUUCAAACAAACACAGAUCACUUAUGGUCUGUUCUAGGCUAUUUUUAGUUCAUUAAUUAUGAAGAAUAGAGCAAGAGUGAAAGCCAUUGAUACAGAACACCGGCGUUCAGCUGGAAGCCACCCGAGCAAUCCGUCAAAGUGACUCGACCACUCGAAUCAAUAAUUGCCACCAGGUUGCCACAGAGAGAAACACAGCGGUGAUCUUUCAUAUUCUUCGCACAUUAGAAGUGAGUCUGAAUGUUGAAGAUGUGUUAGAGCAAUGGUUAGACAUUAUAAGUGUCAUGUCUGCCUUAUUUUAUUAUGCCUGUGAUGCAUCUAGUAACAGCGGCCUUAUUAAACCUGUACAUGCUAGGAUAGAAGUGUGUGGAUUUGUGUUGAAGCCAUUAUCGGGGUCUGCAAUGAAGCGACUGACUCAAGCCCUCCUGUUAGCAUUAUACUAUAAUUCAACUAUAAUUCAUUUAGACAGUACUGCAACACAAUCUGAUGUUUUUUGCACAAGAUAUGUUAGUGCAACACUAUUUCAUGCCUUUGUUUUUGUGUAUUUUAGUAUGUAUUUUGUGUGUGGGUUUUAAUACAUAUGAGGUCUUCGUGUACAUGCUUUUGAAAUGUCAGUCAACUGCUGUAAAGUCCUUCUACCCGAGGAGCCUCUCACAGCCCUAGACUACUGGAUUCAAAGUGGAUUUUGCCUUGUAAUGACAAAAUGAAAAUAAAUGAAUAUAACAGAAA